UCUGACAUUACGUCAGUCGGUAAAAUAGUAAACAGAUUUCUAAUUGUAGGUUAUGUUAUUUUGAUUCAAAAAGAAUCAAAUAAAAUUGAUAAAAUAAUAUGUAUUCUUACAAAUUAGCCCGCCUAAUAGCAUAUAACCAUAUGCCAAAACUCCGGACUUACAGUGUCUUGUGUAACAAUGUAGAUGUAAGGAAAAACGAAGUGGGUUACAACCAUAAUAACUUUUUGCAAAAUACUACAUUUAUUCCGAUUCUAAAUCAACGCAAACAUUUGUCAGUGGAUGGAAUCGUAAAAUGGCAACAAGAAACGUAUGCCAGUAUAUCUAACAGCAACCCGGUUCAUUUCAUACAAGAUGGAUUACUGUCUUUCCAUGAAAUCACAGGACUAUCUUGGUGGGCAACAAUAAUUACUUCAACUAUUCUGAUUCGCUCACUGAUGACAUUACCCCUUACAGUCUAUCAGAACUACAUACUUGCAAAAGUUGAAAACAUUAGUUUGGAACUUCAAGAUAUGGUCAAUGAACUUAAAAAAGAAACCGCAAUGGCAAAAAAGAUGUAUAAGCUAACAGAUAAACAAGCAGUAGCUAUUUACAAGUCAUCCCUAAAAAAACAAUGGGUCAAGUUAGUUGAGAGAGAUAACUGUCACCCAUUCAAAGCCAGUUUAAUUAUCUGGGUACAAAUUCCUAUAUGGGUGUGCAUGUCCUUUGCAUUGAGAAAUCUAGUUUACAUGCAGUCAGGUGAUGCUGCUGCUUUGGUCACCCUUAUGGAAAUGUCUGCAGGUGGAAUAGGAUGGAUACCCAACCUGACUGAACCAGAUCACUCAUGGAUAUUACCAGUUGCUCUAGGGUUGACAAAUCUUUCCAUAAUUGAAAUACAGAGGUUGUCCAAGUUACGAAAACCCUCUAAAAUGUACAAUGUAUUUACAAAUGUAUUCAGAGUAUUUUCAAUAGUAAUGAUACCUGUGGCAGCUAGUGUUCCUUCUUGCAUGUGUCUUUACUGGGUCACAUCAAGUGGUGUUGGGCUUGUACAAAAUCUGAUUCUCAUCUCUCCCACUGUGAGAAGGAAAUUGGGAAUACCAGAAGCACCAAGUGAACUUGAAGAUCCCUAUAACCAUAUAAAAGAAGAAUUAAGACAAUCAAUUGAAAAAUUCAUACCAAAAAGAAGUCAAUAAAAUAUUUUGAAUUGCAA